CUCAAGAUUGAAAACAUCCUCAUCAGCAAGACGGGCGACAUCAAGAUCAUCGACUUUGGCCUGAGCAAUCUGUUUGCACCCCGCGGCCACCUCAAGACCUUCUGCGGCAGCCUCUACUUUGCUGCCCCCGAAAUCUUGCAGGCGAGAGCAUACACAGGCCCCGAGGUGGACGUCUGGAGCUUCGGCAUCGUCCUCUAUGUCCUCGUCUGCGGCAAGAUCCCAUUCGACGACCAGAGUAUGCCUGCGCUCCACGCCAAGGUCAAGAAGGGUCUCGUGGAUUAUCCCGGAUGGCUCUCGAGCGAGUGCAAGCAUCUCCUAUCCCGCAUGUUCGUCACCGACCCGAACCAGCGGGCGACCAUGCGGGAGGUCUUGAACCACCCUUGGAUGAUUAAGGGCUUCAAUGGUCCCCCCGAAAACUAUCUCCCCGUGCGCAAGCCAUUGACCACCCCGUUGGACCCAGAGGUUAUCCACGCCAUGGAAGGGUUCAACUUUGGCUCCCCGGAAAGCAUCAACGCAGAACUCACCAGGCUCAUCGAAUCUGAAGAGUAUCAUCGUGCCGUGAAGCUGUUGCAGCGGGAGAAGAAGCUCCCCCCGCCGGCCAAGGACGCCGAGAAGAGGAGACCGUUUGGCUUCGACUUCUACAAGCGGAGGAGCUCAGGCAACAGCCGCGACACCCUGACCGGUCCUAGCUCUGAGGCCCUACAGUUGGGCAACGACCCGAUGAAUGCCUUCAGCUCCCUCGUAUCUAUCUAUUACCUGGUGAAGGAGAAGCAGGGUCGAGACCACGCUGAAAUGUUCCCGCAGCCUCCCGCCGGGGCCCGUGAGAAGGAAAAGGAGAGGGAGAGGGAGAGGGAGAGAGAAAGAGAGAGGGAACGUGAUCAGUGUGACGUGCGUGAUCGGGAAAAGGCCAGGGAGCCGGAAGUCUUGCCUGAGAUCGCUCCCCCCAAGGAGGCCCAUACGAACUCCGCGGCCUAUGAGAUGCCCGGUGAGAAGCCGACGGGUGGGCGAACGAGGCCGCACGCCCGCACCCAUGGAGAGGACGAUAUCCCCGAACCUCCCAAGCAGACUCCCCUGCCUCCUCCCGAGACCAAGGUCGAGCAACUUCAGAAGAAGGAAGGCACUGCUGCUGAUCAGCACUGCUGCUGAUCUCCUGCGUCGCUUCAGCACCCGCA